UUCUUGGAGUGCGAUGGAGGUGGAGGCUGCGGCAGGCGCAGCGCAGCCGCAGCGGCAGGGAUUCUCCUUCGGAUUGCUGGAGAUGAUCAAUGCUUCGCAAGCGGAGCAUGGAUUGCGCCACAAGGAUUACAAGCGCUACAAGGAGUACUGCACGAAUCGGCUGCGGCGGCUGUACAAAUCGGUCAAGUUUACUCACGGCCGGGGGAGAUACGUGAAGAAGCCUCUGGGAGUCGCCAACGUCUCGGAAGUCAGGCAUCUCCACAUUGCCCUCUACUUGGCCGAGAGAGCUUGGAGCCAAGCUAUGCAUCUCAAAGAAGAAGCUCCAACUGGGAAAGGGCGCUAUCACUGGCUUGGACGAUUGAGAAAAGCCUGCAAGUGGGCAGAUUUACUCGAGUCUCUUUGCAACGAGAAAGCGAAUCCUAGGACAGCGCUCGAGGCCACGGCGUAUGCUUCCUACUUGAGGGGACUUCUUCUUGUAGAUGCCGAGAGGAACUGGCAAUUUGCUUUGAGAAAGUUCAAGAAUGCUCGGAUCAUCUACGAAGAACUUGGACGGUAUGGAGACGCUGACAAUCAGAUCCUUUACAAGCAGCGUGUUGAAGAAAUUGAACAAAACAUUCGCCAUUGCUUGCAUUCUCUCCAGCAGAUGGACGAUGCGGAAGGUCCUGAGGAUGAAUCAGACCGGGAACUGCAUGGUAAAUUAGAGGCUGUUAUGGUAGAAGUCAAAACACAAGAAGAGAUCUCAACAGUUUGUGUCACCUGGUUAGGACACAAAUUCCCAGUUCAUAAUAUCAAGACACGAGCUUGUGUCUUGAAAGUUCAAAAUCUUGAAAGAGAGCUUGGGUCUUCCUCGACAGCGGAGAAAAAACAGGGACUGUACGAGAAAAUCCUAGGAGGUUAUCAAGAGGCGAGGAAGAACAUACGCGAGGACCUGGCAACAGCUGGAAAUGCUGACAAUUUGCGGGACUCGUUGAUCGGGCUGGACAAAGCUGUUAGCUGCUUGAUUUUUGCAGGAACGAUCGAGCGUGCCAGACUGCAAUUGUCUAUAGCCAAGAGCCGGCUGAGUCGGCAGCAGGAUCUUGCAACGCUUCAAGAGAUCGUGACACUCUGCGAUACUUUAAACACUAACCUUAUGGAGCUAACGGAUUUGGCAACAUCUGGAAGAGAGAAAACGGACGAGGAAGAAAAGUAUGCCCUGGAGCUGUCUGCGAGCCAGGUUCUCUACCGCGCUGAGAGAUGCUUUCAUCUCGCACAAGCGUAUAGCCUCCCAGGCCAACACGCUGAAGCAUUUGCGUUGCUUGGGCGUGCUCGUGAGCAUGCCGAGUCCGCGCUCCGGCUUCAGAAGAAGAACGAAUCCCUGGUGGAAGAAAUACAGGAGCUUAUAGGCCGAUGCAGAAGUGAAAGUCUUUUGGCCCAUGCCCGAGGUGUGAUGCAGAGCCUCGAGAAGCAACAAGAAGCCCAAGAAGGAGUUUCCUCCCUGAGUCUCGCGGAAUCAAAGGAUAACUAUCUUCUUUCUCAGCUGGACAAGUAUAAGUCAGCCUUGGGCUCGCCUGGCGCGGCACCGCGAAUCUCACAAGUCCCUCCCGCUUUCAAGGCCGUCCCUUGCCGUCCCAUAUUCCUGGACACGGCCAUCAAUUCCAUCGAGUUCCCGUCGUUGGAAGCUCGUCUCAAAGAGAAGAAGAAAGGCUUGUUUGGACGAUGGGGAUGGUAAUAACUUUUUAAUUGUCAUUUUGUGUCCAAGGCUUUUAAGGUUUAUGCGAAAGAAAAAUAGUAUCUUGCGUUC